CUACUACGGUAAAAUAAUAACGAUGAGUGGAGUGAUGAAUUUCAAAAACUGUGGUUCUGUGCUGAUAACGGGAGCAAACCGCGGACUCGGGCUGCAGAUGGUGGAAAGUCUGGCGAGUGAAGGUUUCUCACCGGGCAAGAUUAUAGCCACCACCAGAAACAUCAGCCUUUCGCAGAAACUCCAGGAACUGGCUAAGAAAUACUCCAACGUCCACAUAGUAACGUUAGACGUGGUAGAUCAGGAGAGCAUUGAGAAAUGUGCUGAGGAGGUGGGCCAGCUGGUAGAGGAGGAAGGUCUGAACUGUCUGAUAAACAACGCGGGGAUCAAUGUGGAGGCCGACUUCCAUUCUGUCACAGCAGAGAAGAUGAUAGAGAACUUCCACACCAACUCUGUGGCUCCUCUGAUGAUAACAAAGGCAUUCCUGCCUCUGUUAAAGAAGGCUGCAAGCAGAGGGGGGUCAGGAAUAAUGAGAAUCCAGAAGGCAGCAGUUAUUAACAUGACAUCUCUGCUGGGGUCUGUGGAGCUCAACUGGGGCGAGAGGGCCAACAGCUUCAAAUGGUACCCUUACAGAACCUCCAAGAGUGCUCUCAAUAUGGUGAGUCGCUGCAUGGCUGUGGACCUAGAGUCUGAUGGGAUCCUCUGCAUGGCCAUACAUCCUGGAUGGGUCCGCACUGACAUGGGAGGCUCUGAGGCUCCUCUGAGUCCUGAGGAAAGUGUUGCAUCCGUCUUGUCUGUGAUUGGUGGGCUGACUGAAAAGGACCACGGAUCAUUUUUGAACUUUACAGGAGAGCAGCUGCCUUGGUGACCUGUUGAUCCGCUCGUGACUUUAGAAACUUCAACCCAAUCCUAAUGACUCUAGUCAGCGUGAUCUUGACUUUGGAGAAACGAAUGUGU